CCGGACACCUCCCCACCGCCCCCCGCCCCCAUCCGGCUCCCCAAGGUUGCAGCUCCUGCAGCCUGCGAGGAUCGGAUGAACCCAUCGUCAUCGGACGAAUUCUAACUGAAUUCUUUGCUUCCACUGAGCUACAAGGGAGGGCACUGCAAAGAAGCAUGCAGUGCCCGAUGGACGCAGCUGCAAGUGGAACUUCACCUGUGAUGCAGUUCCACGGCAUUGUCGAUGAACCAACCUCCCAUUCGUCUCCGCUGCAUGCGGUGCUGGAACGCUCACAGCGCCAUUGCUAUGGUCAUGAAACCCCAGGUGAAUUUCCCCUUGCUGUGAGCCCCUCCAUUGUGCUCCAUGUGCUCUCGACCUGCGAGCUAGACCCGAAAGAUCUCGCUGCUCUGGAGGCUACAUGUACAUUCUUCAGUAAACCUGCAAAUUUUGCACCAAACUUGGCGCUAUCGCUUCCGGAAGUUGCAGCAUUUGAUAUGUGUCAUAAAAGACCCAUGAUUAAGACGAUGACACAAGAGGAAAAGGAGCAUCUGAAGCAGCGGUGCGGUGGAUCGUGGAAGCUUGUUUUUAGGUACAUUGUGGUUAGAGAGAGGAAUUACUCUCGGGUUGUCGCUGGACCAGGCCAUAGUAUUGUUCUCACCACAAGGGGAGAUGUAUACUCAUUCGGGGCGAAUUGCUGGGGCCAGCUUGGCCUUGGGGAUACUGAAGAUCGGUUCACACCAUGCCUUAUUAGGUCUUUACAAGGCAUCAAAAUUACACAAGCUGCAGUUGGAACAAGGCAGACAAUGCUUGUGAGUGACACAGGAAGUGUAUACGCAUUUGGGAAGGGUAGCUUUGUGGGGGCAGAGUUUUCUGAUGCAGCUGAUCACAUUACCACUCCUAAGAUAGUGGAGUCACUAAAGGGUGUGUUUGUAGUUCAGGCAGCCAUUGGUGGUUACUUCUCCGCGUUUCUAUCUAGAGAGGGUCAGGUUUAUACAUUCUCAUGGGGGCGAGCCGAGAGGCUUGGCCAUAGUUCAGAUCCUUCAGAUGUUGAGCCUCGUCUUCUCUCUGGACCGCUUGACGAUGUUCUUGUUACACAGAUUUCUGCUGGUAAUUGUUAUCUCCUUAUGUUGGCCUACCAGCCAACGGGAAUGUCAGUUUAUUCUGUAGGUUGUGGUUUAGGCGGCAAGCUUGGCCAUGGAUGCAAAAACAAUAAGGGCACCCCCAAGUUGAUUGAACAUUUCCAGACCUUGAGCUUUAAUCCGGUUUCAGUUGCAGCCGGCACUUGGCACGCCGCAGCUCUAGGUGAUGAUGGCCGUGUCUGCACCUGGGGCUGGGGCCACACUGGUUGUUUGGGACAUGGUGACGAGGAGUACAAGGCUCUCCCCACUGUGGUUCAAGGGUUGAGCAAUGUGAAGGCUGUGCAUGUCUCCACUGGUGAAUACACAACCUUCGUUGUCGCUGAUAAUGGCGAUGUAUACUCCUUUGGAUCUGCUGAAUCCUUGAAUUUAGGAUUCCAGGAGGAUGAAGAAGCAGCAGACGAUGCAGAUUUUUCUACUCCAACCUUAGUUGAAUCAUUGAAGUUGCUGAAUGAAAAGGCUGUAGAGAUUAGCCCAACAAAUUCUUCAUACUGGCUCAACUCAGAGAUGGGAUUCCCGCAUACAUUCGCGCUCAUGGAAUCCGGUAAACUUUACGCCUUUGGGGGAGGGAUCAAAGGCCAGCUUGGUGUCAAGCUCUCUGAGGGUCAAGACAGAGUCCAGAACCCCGAGCGCGUCCCGGUCGAUAUCUGCUAAUCUCAACCAGCAUUUCUGGUGACCAUUUGCAGUGACAUAUUCUGUGAUCUGUGAUUAGCAUGUCAACUGAAUUUCGUAGGAGGAAGGAACUCAGGAUGUUAGCAUCGGUGUAAAUACUAGGGGGCACUUACCUUUUGUUCUUCUCUGAAGUAACAGCGUGGCUGUCGGUAGCUCUUCUGCUCUCGCAUGUCGAAUCCCUGAGUCUUCUGGUU